AUGUGUGCUCUAUGUCGUCAAAUAGGAGAAAGAACUCAGUCGACAACAGUAGUUAAUGUUUAUGUUGAAGAAAAACUAAAAGAAUCGUAUGAAGAUAUACAUGAUAUCCCUUUAUUGACAGAAAUAUUCAAUCAACAAAUGCGCACAGAUAAUACUAUGAGACACCAUUGUCGUUAUACAUAUACAUUCAAAGACAAACUAUCAUCAGCUAAAGUACGAAACUGUUUGUCAACUCAUCAUUUAUUACCUGUUGCUUGUACAAAUUAUGAAUUUCUAUCAUUAUUGAUACCAACAGCACCACAUCAACCGCUCAACAUUGUCAACAAAAUUUCGUCAAUGCGGCCAAUGUAUUCUUCGACUUGA